GUCUCCCUCGUCCAGGACCAUCAAGAAGUAGCUGAAAGAAAAUGCCCGCUAUCGAGGAAAUCUCCGAGGACGAGCACGUGCAUGAUCAUGACCACGAUCAUGACCAUGACCACGACCACGACCACGAUCAUGAUCAUGGGGACGACGCCGGUCUUGAGAAGGUCCAGAGUCGUGCGGAGCGUAAGGCGCGCAAGGCGCUGCUCGGGCUUGGGCUGAAGAAGGUGCCGGGGAUCACGAGGGUCACGUUGAGGAGGCCGAAGAACGUGUUGUUCGUUAUCAGUGCUCCUGAUGUGUACAAGAGCCCGAACAGCGAUUGCUAUAUCGUCUUUGGCGAGGCUAAGAUUGAGGACCUCAACUCCCAAGCCCAGCUGAACGCUGCCCAGCAGCUGUCUCAGGCUGCCAAAGCGGGCGCAGAUGAGGAAGACGAUGAUGAAGUUCCCACGCUUGAGCCUGCGGCGGAGACGAAGGAGGAGGAGCCUGAGGAGGAAGAGGGAGAGGUGGAUGAAACUGGCGUCGACCCGAAGGAUAUUGAGCUUGUUAUGAACCAGGUGAGCUGUUCGAGGGCGAAGGCGGUGAGGGCGCUUAAGGAGAGUGGGGGGGACUUGAUUAACGCUAUCAUGAGCGCUAAUGAGUAGUUCGGGGUGUUCAAGUGAGGAGUGUGGUGGGGACAUGUUUGCAUAUGUAGUAGAGUUACUAAAAUGAUGAUUCC